UAUAUACCGAGCAGGUCUAUUUUUUAUAGAAUGCGAUAACGAUGAUCAUUAAGGCGUGAGCUCUAGUCACUGAAACACACUCAUCGGGAAAAUGGCACUUCCGGGCUAAAACUCAACAUAUUGGCCAAUUUUACCAAGAACGGAAUAGAGACAUGGCUGGGGCAACUUGCGUGCGGUGGAGCUUUGUCAUUUAUGACCUAUUUCUCGGGCUCGUCAGUGCGGGAGCGACGGUUUUUGCCGCGUGGGUGCUGAUCGAAGUUUUAACUUUUGGCUAUUUUUUGGACGUCGGCGUUGUGGCCGCGCCGUCGAUUGCGCUGCUCUUGGGCGCCCUUCUGCUGCUGCCAUGCAUCGUCCUCCUAGGCUUCAGGGCGUUCACCACCAAGAGGUCCACGCUGGCCAUCAUAUACUGGUUCAUGGUGGCCGUCAGUGCUCUUUUGGCCCUGGGCUUGGCGUGCUGGACUUUGAUUUUGCGCCAUCAAGUCAUGGCUGGCUACCUGUCUAGUAAAAUCGCCAACUUUGUUCUCAUUGAAAAUCCUAAAAGCUUGACUGAUCCUGAAACUAAACAUUACUGGGAUGCUUUACAAACUUCUAUGAAGUGCUGCGGUCUGAACGGCGCUGCAGACUACAAGUCAUCAGGAUCAUUACCAAUGAGCUGUUGUGACGUUGUGGAACACAUUUGUUCCAAAACCUACUCUCAGGGAUGCGCAUCGGCCCUCACAGAAUUUUCUGCAGUCAAACUUGCACAAAUUGCAAUCGUUGCUUCUGUGGCUGCGCUUUGUCUGUUCAUUGGAGUUUACGCUGGCUGCAGUUUCAGCAGUUCCUUGAGAAACGAAAAGAAGAAAAACAGGGAAAACAACACGGACGUUGAACUUGAGGUUGUACCUUUGAAGCCUUCAACGCUAAUUAAAUCUCGCCCAAACUCGACGAUUUCAUCCCUUCCGAGAAAAAAAGCUCCACCGCCGGUGCCACCAAAACCAUCGCCUCGAUAUUUGCGCUCCUUCAGCCGGAACAGUGAAGAGACAGAGGUGAUGAAGGUCGACCCAGCAAGAAACAAUUCAAAAUAAUAUUUCGGAAAAAAAUCAACCAUGGCUCUCUCCUCGCAAAUGAAAAGCAUUUUGUUUAUACAUUUCCAUCCUUUUAUUUCUCAUAGACUAUCAUUUUUCAUUUUAUAAUGUUAAUCACCUGCAUCAUCAUUCUUCCAUUUUUGUAGUUAUUUUUUACAUUCAAGGUUUUGUCUACAUCAAAUCUGCUUUACAUUGAACAAUAAAUAAUAACUUGGA